AUGAUUCACCAGUUGGAUAGCCAGGCGCAGGGCCACAUCCAGCUGCUCGGCAUGCCAGGCGCCGUGGCCCAGCCGCUGGCAUUGGCCCGCAAGGCUGGCGGCGCCAACCGGAGCAGCAGCAUGGACCAGGAGAACGAGCUCUUCGAGGGCUAUUCGGACGAGCUGCUGACAUUUGCAUGGAUCGCUUGCAUUGUGUUCAUCAUUGUCGGUGUGCCCGGCAAUCUGCUGACAAUUGUGGCGCUGUCGCGCGGCAAACAGACACGCAAUUCGACGGCGAUAUUCAUCAUAAAUCUAUCCUGCUCGGAUUUGCUCUUUGGCUGCUUCAAUCUGCCGCUGGCCGCGUCCACGUUCAAGGAGCGCGCCUGGACGCACAGCGAUCUGUUGUGCCGCCUCUUUCCGCUGCUCCGCUAUGGCCUGCUGGCCGUAUCGCUGCUCUCCGUCUCGCUGAUCACCAUCAAUCGGUACAUCAUCAUUGCCCAUCCGCGCCAGUAUCCACGAAUUUAUCAGCGUCGAUAUUUGGCGCUCAUGGUGGCGGGCACCUGGCUGGUCACGUUCUCGAUUAUGAUACCGACAUGGCGCGGCGUUUGGGGCCGCUUUGGCCUGGACACGAGCAUCGGCUCCUGUUCGAUAUUGCACGAUAAGUACGAUCGUUCGCCCAAGGAGUUCCUUUUCAUGGCCGCCUUUAUGCUGCCCUGCGUCUGUAUUGUCAUCUGCUAUGCACGAAUCUUUCUGCUGGUGCGCCAGGCGGCGAUGCGGGCGGGCGCCAAGAGCUCCGAGCUGGCCAUAACGCCGCCCGUACAAACGCCCACGCAGACACAGAAGCCGCCGGUCCCCGAGAAGCCAAAGGAUAAAAGCAAGGUCAAGAGCAAGGAUAGGCAGCGGGAGCUGGACAAGGAUGAGGACUCCGGCACAUCGCGUCCCUUUGUGGUCGCCGAGAGUCUGGCCUACAUCGAUGACAACGCCUCCUCGGAGAGUUUUCCCAUCUCGUACAGCAUCAAACAGGAGGCGCCCAUCGAUGCCAAUGUCGUGCUGCAGGACAAUAAUCUCGCCAACAACAAGCAUUCAGUUUCUGGAUCCGCUCCAGCAACGGGUCCAGCCACUGCCGAUGCGACAGUCAACAAAUCCCAGAACCAGCUGGAGCAGGGCCGCAACUCAAAGAACCCAAUCACCACAUCGCUGCGCACCUCGUUCACCCGCUUCAGUCCACGCAAAUCGCACUAUGUGUCCAUGGGUAAUACCUCGAACGCCUCGUCGAUCUAUCCGGGUCGGAUGAGCGUCAAGGAUCGGCGACUGCUCAAGAUGAUACUGGUGAUAUUUGUGUGGUUCGUCAUCUGCUAUCUGCCGAUUACGGUGGCCAAGAUCUGGAAGAGCGCCAACGAUGUGCACGUCUUUAACAUAAUGGGCUAUCUGCUGAUAUAUCUGACCACCUGCAUCAAUCCGCUGAUCUAUGUGCUAAUGAGCUCCGAGUAUAGGCGCGCCUACUGGAACCUACUGCGCUGCCACCAGACCGAGCAGCAGCAGCAGCAGCAGCGGGCCCUGAAGAAGCAUCUCGAAUCGAAUCGGGCGCUCAAAACGUGAUCCAUGUGGGAGUCGAGACGCAUCCAGAGUUCCGUCCCAGCAGUGACUAUCCAUAUACAUACGAAGGGAGGUUUUUCCAGAAAAGGUGUGACCGUAUAUUAGAGGGAUAUA